GUCUCAGAGGCGGUGCAACAAAAUCCCGGACGACCGACUGCAAGAGUCAUCAUCCUGUGUGAAUCUCUGCCGCUCAGUCUCACAUCUCCUACUCGACCAUCCUCCUCUCCAUCUGUCCAGAAUGCGCGAAAUUGUGCAUUUGCAAGCCGGUCAGUGCGGAAACCAGAUCGGAGCCAAGUUCUGGGAGGUGAUCAGCGAUGAGCAUGGCAUUGAUCCCACUGGUACCUACCAUGGCGACAGCGAUCUGCAGCUAGACAGAAUCAGCGUCUACUACAAUGAGGCCACAGGUGGGAAGUACGUGCCCCGAGCCAUCCUGGUGGAUCUGGAGCCUGGUACGAUGGAUUCAGUCAGGUCCGGUCCCUUUGGGCAGAUCUUCAGACCCGACAACUUUGUCUUCGGUCAGAGUGGAGCUGGAAACAACUGGGCCAAGGGCCACUACACCGAGGGAGCCGAGCUGGUGGACUCCGUCCUGGAUGUGGUGAGGAAAGAGGCUGAGAGCUGCGAUUGCCUCCAGGGCUUCCAGCUUACACACUCCCUCGGUGGCGGUACUGGCUCUGGCAUGGGCACCCUGCUCAUCAGCAAGAUCCGCGAGGAGUACCCUGACCGCAUCAUGAACACCUUCAGCGUGGUGCCUUCUCCCAAGGUGUCAGACACUGUGGUGGAGCCCUACAACGCCACUCUCUCUGUCCACCAGCUGGUGGAGAACACAGACGAGACCUACUGCAUUGACAAUGAAGCUCUCUAUGAUAUCUGCUUCCGCACACUUAAACUCACCACCCCCACCUACGGAGACCUCAACCAUUUGGUGUCCGCCACCAUGAGCGGCGUGACCACAUGUCUGCGUUUCCCCGGCCAGCUCAACGCUGACCUCCGUAAGCUAGCUGUCAACAUGGUGCCCUUCCCCCGUCUGCACUUCUUCAUGCCAGGCUUCGCCCCCCUCACCAGCAGGGGCAGCCAGCAGUAUCGCGCCCUGUCCGUGCCUGAGCUCACCCAGCAGAUGUUCGACGCCAAGAACAUGAUGGCCGCCUGCGACCCACGUCACGGCCGCUACCUCACUGUGGCUGCCGUGUUCAGGGGCCGCAUGUCCAUGAAGGAGGUGGAUGAGCAGAUGUUGAAUGUGCAGAACAAGAACAGCAGCUACUUCGUAGAAUGGAUCCCGAACAAUGUGAAGACUGCAGUCUGCGACAUCCCACCCCGUGGCCUCAAAAUGGCUGCCACCUUUAUCGGCAACAGCACAGCCAUCCAGGAGCUGUUCAAGCGCAUCUCCGAGCAGUUCACAGCCAUGUUCCGCCGUAAGGCCUUCCUCCACUGGUACACAGGAGAGGGCAUGGAUGAGAUGGAGUUCACCGAGGCCGAGAGCAACAUGAACGACCUGGUGUCCGAGUACCAGCAGUACCAGGAUGCCACUGCUGAGGAGGGCGAGUUUGAGGAGGAGGGAGAGGAGGAAGUCGCCUAAAACCUCAACCUAACCAGCUGCCAAGCCUCAUUUUAACACACACCCCUUCCCCAUCAUCCCCCUCCAUCAUGAAUCGAAUGACCUGACACACUGAGAAACUGUCACUGUCUAGAUCACUGUUGCUCUAGUGUUAGACAUCAAUGUGUACUGAUGCUAGUUACGUUUUUGGUUUAACUGUUUUUGUAUGUUGUGAAUGCACUGACUUACCGUUACAUCUAUCCUCUCAUUGCCUUGCAGAAUUGAAAAGCAAGUGAUUUUAACUGUGAAGCCUUGGAAUUGUAGGGUGAAUAAAAUCCAAUGAAAGGCCA